AGCCGGCCGGCAGUCGUCUGUCUCUGCUGUCUCUAUCUCUGUGUGUGUGUGUGUCACAAGGAUCCAGGUCCCAGAUCUGUGGCAAGAGCAGGAUGCGAAUGUCGCAUCCAUGUCGCGCUCGCUAACGGCUCUUUAGCGGUUCUCAAUACUCAAUACUCAAUUCUCAAUACUCGUAUCUCGUUCUGUUCCCUCUGUCUGUGUUCGGGCUCGGGGGCCUGCCUGUGCUGGACCUGGAGCUGAAGCUGGAUGGAGUGUGCUAAUGUGAUAAGCCGCUUAAGCCGCAAUCGACUUUGGCUUCGACUCUGAGCUGGAGUUCACCUGAGAGCCAACAUUUGUGGCCUCCCCACCUGGUGAACAGUGCCUGCCAGCCAGCCCCAUAAACGAACGCCCACAAACCGAGGCGUGGCGCGGCGAGGCGGUGAGAAAAAGAAAAGUGAAGUCCAACGAAAGUGAAAAAUCAAUCCAAUCGAAUCGCAGGAAAAUCUCCGCUCGGCUCCAAACUAAAUCAAAAACAGAGCCCAAAACAAAUAAACCCGAGGGGCUCCCAAAUAAAACAAAAGCCAAAUCAAGGUUCAGCAACAAUUAAUUCCGAGUGCCGUUGGGGAUUGCUCGGGGCUGUUCGUGUUGCAUUUAUAUUGCCACUCGAAACAAUAUUUACAAAAGUCUUUAUGGCCACACAGUGAAAUGCAAAUCAAUUAAACAAAAAAACACAAACAAAGGCAGCAGAGAAAAAGCAGAAAACAAAUAAAUAUUCGUUACAAUUUGAUUAAACGCGAUUUAUUGACCAUGAAAACGGUGGAAAGUCCGAAUUGUAUUUAAGAAACGAGAAAAUUCCGAGAAAAAAAACCGGAGGAAUGCGUGCAAAACAGAAAAGAAAACUUUGAAAAACGCGGCCAAAAUGGCAACCAGUGAAAAUCAAAGUUAAUAAAGUUCAUUGUUCUAUAUAGAUACUCGAGCUAUAGACUCUCCGACCGGGCCCCAAGUUCAACGAUCCGAAGGCGAAGUGCUACCAAAAACCGAACUGAAAGUCUAACAUGCGCCCGGCACGUUACCGAUGAAGCAAGCAACUUUAAUCAGACCCAGACACAGACUUGGACACAGCAGAAGCCCAGCAGCAGCAAAAGGAGGAGAAGCAGCAGCAGGAGGAGGAGGAGGAGCAGCAGCAGCCACCACCAAGAUGUGUCCCAAACGGCAUUGGCUAGUCAACAAAGCAACGGCAGCGGGAAAGGGUAGCAGGCGGAGUCUAGACCAAAUAGUAGAAGUAUUAGUAGCCUUAAUCUUAGUCAAUUGCCUCGUGGCCACAGCGACAGCGGCCCUGAUCACGCCACCCCACGAUCUGGACUCCAUCGAAGAUGAGGAUCUGUCGGGCUUCUAUCGCAGCCCCCACCGGCUGGAGGGCUACCAGCAGCAGCAGCAGCAGCAGCUGCAGCAGCGGAACAGCCAGAACUUCAAGAUCAGCCCCAAGCCGUGCUCCUUCGGGCGCGUGGAGGGCACCUGCAUGUUCGUGUGGGAGUGCAUCAAGAGCGAGGGCCGCCACGUGGGCAUGUGCGUGGACUCGUUCAUGUUCGGCUCCUGUUGCACGCACAACUACACGGACAACAUUGUCCUGCCGCAGACGGCCUUCUCGUACACGAGACCCACCAAGCCGCUGACACUAAGGCCGCGUCCGCCGCCCCCCGCCUACAAGCCGAUGAUUAGUGGGAUGACCACCAUCGAGCGACCACAUGGCGCUGGCACGUUGGUGAUUCGUCCUUCGGGUCCGCACCACCAGGGCACCCUGGCACGCCCACAUCCUCCGCCCUACCAGAGCAAGCCCACAACAGCCUCGGAUCUGCUGAGUGCCGCCUCCAUGCACGCCGGUUCGAGCUCCAGCUCCAGUUCAAAUAGCAUUUGGCAUACAUCAACCCAGCAGCAGCAGCAGCAGCAGCAUCAACAGAAUCAACAGAAUCACUGGCAGAUGACCACCGAACCGAGCUUUAUUACCAGGCCGCGACCCACCGGCUGGACGAAGCCCGGCAUCGUCAAUCUCCCAAUGUCCGGCCCACGUCCCUCGAAGCCAUCGAAGCCCACAAAGAAACCGAUUGUCUACGAGCGGCCGCCACCGCCACCGCCACUGCCACCAUCAUCCACGACGACAUCAUCGACGACGACGACGAGGACGACGAUCCAGACACAGGGCCCCACCAGGCCACAGCUGUCGGCGGGCACAUCAUUAGCCACAUCGUCGGCUUACCCAACCUUCUCCACAUCGAAGGCUACGACGACAACAACGACGACGACGACCAGGAGAACGACCACACCAGCUCCGACAACAACGACAACGACAAGGAGAACUACCAGCAACGCAAGGCCCUACCAGAGGCCCACCACAGAGAGCAGCAGCACAACGAGGAGUUCGACAACCACUGCCAAGACACCCACCACGACCAGAACACAUCCUAGUCCCAGCAGCAGCAGUGGAGGCAUCAUCUCCAGCAGCAGCAGCAGUCGGCCCACGCAUCGGCCCAUCGGUGGCGGCGGAGAGGGGGGCCAUAUCGAGACCAACGAGAUAACGGACUCCUCCACACACGAUGGGGCGGCGGGCGGGGCAACGACGGCGCUGGGGCAUGUGAAGACCAUUUCGGCGGCGCGCAGCGAAUGCGGCGUCCCGACGCUGGCACGGCCCGAAACGCGAAUUGUGGGCGGCAAGAGUGCGGCCUUCGGUCGUUGGCCCUGGCAGGUGUCGGUGCGACGCACCUCCUUCUUUGGCUUCUCGAGCACCCAUCGGUGCGGUGGCGCUUUGAUCAACGAGAACUGGAUAGCCACAGCCGGUCACUGUGUGGACGACCUGCUCAUCUCUCAGAUACGCAUCCGCGUGGGCGAGUACGACUUCUCCCAUGUGCAGGAACAGCUGCCCUAUAUAGAGCGCGGCGUGGCCAAGAAGGUGGUCCAUCCGAAGUACAACUUCUUCACGUACGAGUACGACCUGGCGCUGGUCAAGCUGGAGCAGCCGCUCGAAUUUGCGCCGCAUGUCAGUCCCAUUUGUCUGCCCGAGACGGAGAGCCUUCUAAUUGGCAUGAAUGCCACGGUCACCGGCUGGGGUCGUCUGAGCGAGGGCGGCACCCUGCCCUCGGUCCUCCAAGAGGUCUCCGUUCCAAUUGUAAGCAACGACAAUUGCAAGUCCAUGUUUCUGCGCGCCGGACGCCAAGAAUUCAUACCAGACAUAUUCCUGUGCGCGGGCUAUGAGACGGGAGGCCAGGACUCUUGCCAGGGCGACUCCGGCGGACCUCUGCAGGCCAAAUCGUCGGAUGGUCGCUUCUUUUUGGCUGGCAUCAUCUCCUGGGGCAUUGGCUGUGCGGAGGCCAAUCUGCCGGGCGUGUGCACGCGCAUCUCCAAGUUUGUACCCUGGAUACUGGAGCAUGUCAGAUGAUGAUCAGAUGAUCAGACGAUCGCUCGCUCGACUUUUGUUAUUGUUUUAAUUUAUCAAGUUGUAUCUAUAUAAGAUUUGUGUGAUUUAUCUUAAAGGAAUGUUAAGCGUAGUUAGCUUCAAUUUAAACAAUUUAAUAAUCAGCAUUGACACACUGCCACGCCCCCUGCCCAAGCACACACACACACACUAACACUAACACACACGACGAGUCAACGCCCAUUAAGUUUAGUCUAGCGAAAAAUGUUAGAUCCAUAAGUUGUCUAACACU